UCUUCCCUCCCCUCAAGUCUUCCUUCUCGACGACGACUUCAAUAACUGGCGUCUCAGUCUCAGAGACACGUACUUCUCCUCCCUUUCCCCCCGAAAGCUCAAUCUGGCCGUCAAUGGCGGCCUCCGAUGCUUCGAACGGCAGCUUGUUCCGGAAUGCUUUCGGAAGUGUCCUUUCGUUCUUCAUCUUAAUCCUUGUUGGUGUUCUAGCCUUCUCUAUCCGUCUCUUCUCUGUUAUAAAGUACGAAAGUGUGAUUCAUGAGUUUGAUCCUUAUUUCAAUUAUAGAGUCACUCAGUUUCUAACAAAGAAUGGGAUAUAUGAUUUUUGGAACUGGUUUGAUGAUCGAACUUGGUAUCCUUUGGGUCGUGUAAUUGGUGGGACUGUCUAUCCUGGUUUGACCUUGACAGCAGGCACCUUAUGGUGGUUUCUGAAUUCUUUAAAUAUUCCUCUCUCGGUAGAAACUGUGUGUGUAUUUACUGCACCUAUAUUUUCAGCCUCUGCUUCAUGGGCAACUUAUCUUCUGACCAAGGAAGUUAAGGGUUCUGGAGCGGGCCUGACUGCUGCAGCUCUUUUGGCUAUGGUCAAUAUCUUGGUCCCAUCAUAUAUAUCUCGGUCUGUGGCUGGGAGCUAUGAUAAUGAAGCUGUCGCUAUAUUUGCUUUGAUUUUCACUUUCUAUCUCUAUAUAAAGACACUAAAUACAGGUUCCCUCUUUUAUGCCACUUUGAAUGCCAUAGCAUAUUUUUACAUGGUUUGCUCCUGGGGAGGGUACACUUUUAUUAUCAACCUCAUUCCGUUGCAUGCGCUGUUGUGCAUAAUAACUGGUCGCUAUUCUUCUCGACUGUACAUUGCAUACGCACCUCUUAUUGUCUUGGGCACACUGUUGGCUUCCUUGGUGCCUGUUGUUGGGUUUAAUGCUGUAAUGACGUCAGAACACUUCGCAUCAUUUCUGGUUUUCAUCAUUAUUCAUGUUGUGGCUCUUGUGUACUACAUCAGGGGGAUUCUAUCGCCAAAAAUGUUCAAAGUAGCUGUGACACUAGUUGUAUCUUUUGGCCUGGCAGUAUGUUGUGCAACAGUGGCAGUACUUGUAGCAAUGGUAGCUUCAAGCCCGACAAAGGGAUGGAGUGGCCGGAGUUUAAGUCUACUAGACCCUACUUAUGCCAGCAAGUAUAUACCAAUCAUAGCUAGUGUGAGCGAGCAUCAACCGCCUACCUGGCCAUCUUACUUUAUGGACAUCAAUGUCUUGGCAUUUUUGGUUCCAGCAGGCGUUAUUGCAUGCUUCUCGCCAUUAUCUGAUGCAAGUUCUUUUGUGGUGCUGUAUAUUGUAAUGUCUGUAUAUUUUUCUGGAGUCAUGGUUCGUCUGAUGCUUGUACUUGCCCCGGCUGCAUGCAUAAUGUCUGGGAUUGCUCUUUCUCAAGCUUUUAAUGUCUUCACAAGAUCAAUCAAAUUUCAGUUACCCAACCUUUUAGGUGAUUCUCAGAUUGAUGCAAGGGAUGCGACCUCUGAUAAUGCUGUGGCACCAAAUGAUGUGGUCAAGACUGCUAAAAGUGAGGACACAACGAAGGAACGCACGUCAAAAAGGAGCAAAACGAAGGAAAAAGAGCCUGUCGAAAAACAACCUACCAAGGCACAGGUUAAGAAGAGGCUCUUGGUUUUGCCUCUGGAAACAUCCAUCAUCGCUAUUUUCUUACUUUUGUUGCUGGGUGCCUUCUAUGUGGUUCAUAGCGUAUGGGCAGCAGCAGAAGCCUAUUCGGCCCCUUCUAUUGUUCUAACAUCACGUUCACAUGAUGGUUCACAUGUUUUCGAUGAUUUCAGGGAAGCUUACGGUUGGCUGAGCCAUAAUACAGAAGUAGAUGAUAAAGUGGCAUCUUGGUGGGAUUAUGGAUAUCAAACUACUGCCAUGGCAAACCGAACUGUCAUCGUUGACAAUAAUACCUGGAAUAACACACAUAUUGCCACUGUUGGUACAGCCAUGUCUUCUCCUGAGAAGGAAGCUUGGGAAAUUUUCCACUCCUUGGAUGUCAAAUAUGUUCUUCUUGUCUUUGGAGGAUUGGUUGGCUACCCUAGUGAUGAUAUCAACAAGUUCCUAUGGAUGGUCCGUAUAGGAGGGGGUGUAUUCCCUCACAUAAGGGAACCGGAUUAUUUAAGGGACGGCCAGUAUCGGAUUGAUUCUAUGGCCACACCAACAAUGCUAAAAUGCCUCAUGUAUAAACUCUCCUAUUACAGGUUUGUAGAAACCGACGGUAGAGGCUUUGACAAAGUGAGGAGAACAGAAAUUGGGAAGAAAUAUUUCAAACUUAGCCAUUUCGAAGAGGUAUUCACGACUCACCAUUGGAUGGUUCGGAUAUACAAGUUGAAACCUCCAAGGAACAGGAUCCGAGGAAAGGCUAAGAAAUCAAAAUCGAAAGCCAGCUCAAGCACAAGCUUAACUAGUGGGUCUAAGAGAAGAGGAACAAGAAGGAACCCGUUUUAGUUUAGUUUUUGAUGCAUUUUUCUCACACAUUUUUAAUGCAUUCCUUACACGUGCGUGGGACAUGCAAUGAUUUUGCCGGGUUUAGUAGUCAUAGUCCCCUUACUAAUCUAUAAGUUAAAUUAUCAAUUAAUGAUUUUGGGCCUAUAUUUUAUUACCUGCUACAUGAUCAUUUGACCCCGUUCUAUCCUAUGGUUGAAAUGCUAAGAGAUUUAUGGGA